AUGGAUGAUACGCACAGAUGGUCCUAUGAGAUUGAAGAGAAUUUCGAAUGGAUAAGAAGAAAUUUGAACAAUGCCAUGGCGUAUAUGGUUGGCCGGUACAUAGUGUGGUCCUUGGUGGGUUCGCAAGGCCCGUUGAACAGCCAUGGAAUUUCAUGGGCAUGGGUACGCGUCAUACCCGCACUCAAACGCGCUUGUGCUGUCAACCCUCCACUUCCAGUGACACCUCCUUGGACCUUAAUAACUCACUUCCUCCCAGCGCACCGUCAGAACUGUAUCGUCAACCUCUAUUGCUGCCUCACAUAUACUCUAAUCGUGGAUUCUCAGGAACUUGGGCUCCGAUACUUUUCCAUCCUGGAAGUUAGGAGCUUGAAAGGCCAGUUCAUGCGCUGGAUGGAGUGCUGGUUGGAAGCAGCUAUGUCUCCUCUGCCCGGUCAUGAUCAUACGUCCAGUUCCACAGCCUCUUCGGACGGCAAAGGGGAUACAGAUUCAGCAGCGAAAGGAGGAAAGUCAACGAAAAGGACGGGUCCUAGCUAUGUAUAUUACCGUCUAUACACCAAACUCGGUGCAUUUGAAUCGAAUCACGCCCUCUACCACAACGACCCUUUCAUUGGCCGCAUUCCGUCGAAAUUGUUUUCCCCUCCCCAUACGGUGGCGUCUAUCAAGCGGUCCCUCUGCAAAUUUGAGGGCCUUUCGGAGCCCGACAAGGCGCUUGUUUUCACACCGCUCUCCAGCCCAGCACCCAAAGAAGACUCUGCCCGCCUCUCUUUGAAGGCUCCUUCUGGGCCGGGGCUGUCUGAACAUGAUCCGAUUGCGUUGAUUGUCGAGUCGGAGAAGCGGACCAAGGAGGUCAUGCAGUCGGAGAAAUUGCCGGAACGCUCUGAUGAUACUGAUGUCCACUACGGCAAGUCUUGCCGACGUCUCCUACCCAAAUACUGCACUCAUCAACUUUGCAGAAGUGAAGGAGAAGAAAAGGCAAAGACAUCCUUUGACGAAAAUGACAUUUCGUUGGGACGCAUCAACACCCUCUCCAUCGCUCCCCCUCACACCGCUGGGUCUUUGAAAGCAUGCAUCGCAAAAGUUGAAGGCCUUGUCACGCCGGGUCAUGCACUUUACAAAGACAUGGAACUCUUCCAAGACACGGAUAGUGAUGCUGCCAUGAGCGACACUGAUGUCAUAUCCUUCCAAGGUGACGCUUAUCCGGGUAGCGAUGAAAGCGAUCCCGUAGCCCUUGUCAAUGCAACCACCAAUACAGCAACGGACCAAAAGGCUAAGCCUACAUCAGGUAAAGUUCUCGGCAGAUAUCCACUAGACACUGUCGCGGCUAAGCUUGCUCCUUCAGAUGUACCAGAUUCAAAAUUCACGAAACGUGCUCGGUUAACUGACACUUACGGAUACAUGGCCAUUAAUUCCAAGGGUGAAAAAGGCUUUGUGCGUGAGGGAAUGGGAUAUGUCAGGACUUAUAUAUGUUAA